AUGAUGAACUAUUUUCGGACUCUCAGGCUAAUUUUCCUGCUGCUUCUUGUGGAUUUGCUGGGAUCUGCUGCGAAACUUUUCAAGUCCUACAACCAAAUCCUGGUAGGAAUAGAUUGGCGCAAAUAUGGUUACGUUGCACCUGUCCAAAAUCAAAACAACGGUUGUCAAUCCAGCUGGGCCAUGUCGGCUGUAGGAGCUCUGGAGGCUCAUCUGGCUAUCAAGAGCCGCCGCUUGGUGGAACUAUCUGCCCAGCAACUGAUCGACUGCUCACCUGUAACACUGUUGUCUUUUCAUGGUAAAUGUGGAGCCGGAUGGCCGGCUGUUGCCUUUAAUUAUACCAGUCAUCAUGGAAUCGCUUCCAAGAAAUCAUACCCGUAUCGAGGUCGAAAGUCAUCUUGCAGCUACGAUCUUAGUACCAGUGUCGGCAGGAACAAGGGUUACGUAACACUGAAAGGUGCUAAUGAGAAGAAGCUGGCCGAGAUUGUCUACAACAUUGGGCCAGUGGUUGUUUCCAUUGAUGGCAGCCACAAAUCCUUUAUGCAAUAUACAGGAGGAAUCUACAAGGAACCCUUAUGCAUCUCAGACAUAGAAUACCUGGAAGCAUCCGUUCUGGUGGUUGGUUUCGGCCGGGAUCCCUGGCUCGGAGACUAUUGGAUCAUCAAGAACUCGUUUGGGAGAAGCUGGGGCGAGAAUGGCUACAUGAGGCUGGCUCGAAAUGCCGGAAACAUGUGCGGUGUGGCGACCGUAAUUCAAUAUCCCAAAUAAAUAUUAUUCAAAUCAAAUACUUUAGUAAAAUAUAAA